AUGGAGACAGCCAAGCUCGAGCCUGCAGCUCCUUCAACGAAGGAAACAGCCUACGAAGACUUCCACCGCCAGGGAUACGUGCUCCUUCCGAAUGUGUUGGACGCAGCCAAGGUAGCCCAGUUACGAACUGUCAUUGACCAACAAGCUGGCAGCGGCAAGCAAUCCAAAAAGAAACACACCAUGUUCAAGCGGGUCUUUGAGAGGCAUCCUGACCUGUGCUUGGAUGUAUUCAAGAAUAAACCAGUUUUGUCAAUUGUGAGAAAACUGCUGGGAUGUUGUGGAUCGCCGCGAGGAAAGGGUGAUAGCGGCCUUGAAGCACAUGUGAUUCAUAACAAUGCAUUCCGUAUUGACCCCGGCAUGAAGGGUCAGGCCGUAGGAUGGCACACUGACGACCCUCCAGUCUUCCAGACAACGGAUGGUCGCCCCUUGCCUGUCGUAGUGAAGAUCUCUCCGCUGGUGCUCACAUGUAUGUUCUUUUUGAAUGAUCUAGACAAACCCGAGGAUGGAGGCACCCGAAUCAUCGAGGGGAGUCACAGAUUUGGUUGCUUGUGCACAGACGAAGUGGCGGCCAAACAUCCACAGCUCUACACGCGAUGCUCGGCCGGUUCUGUUCUCAUCUUCUCUGCCCAUACAUGGCACAGAGGGGCUCCUGUAUUGCCUGGAUCCAAACCCCGCUAUGUGUUCCAAGCAACCUACGGUCGGCGCUUGAUUGGACACAAGCAUGACACUGUCAUGAACUACAACCUACCAAAGAAUGUCGAGAGAGCUCUGGACACUGAAGAAGACAGAAAACUGAUGUGA